AUGGCCUUGCCUUGUCGGUCGUGGACAGAUUCCUUGAGAAUGGAAAAGGACAUCACGGCUGCUCGAGCGGUCGGAGAGUUAUUUAAAUCACCAGAUGACCUGGUUAAGUUGGCCCAGAUCCGCAAGCGUCUGCAGCGAGAACAAGCGGAUAUUGAUGCCAAACUCAAGCAAGGUGCUAAUGAACAACUUGAUGCCACCAAAGAAGCUAUGUCAAAACUCCGAGAGUCCAAAAACCAAAUCGAAGCCAUCAAAGAGGAUAUCAUCGCCGUCGAAAAAGCCUGCGAGGACCCCAGAGUGCAUGUGGUAGGUUUCGGUAAGAUCGCGUCGGUCUCAAAGAUUCAUCGCAAUUUUGUCGCUACAGCAAAGAUGGUCGAACAGCUGAGAGAUAUGGAGUACAAAAUCGACAGAAUGGACAAGAUUUUGGCUAAAGACCGUGCGUCACCCUUGGGCGACGCUCCAAACCUGCUGGCCAUCCAUUAUACACUCAGUGAGAUGGAAACGUUUAGGAAUGAAACUGUCCUUCAGGCUAACCGAGCGGAGAACUCUGAGACGAUUCGGACAUUGGCAGGCUAUUCCGAGCGUCUUGCUGGCACAAUCGAGGCUUUCGAGUCGCAUUAUCUCCAUCUCGCGAGCAAUCUGCUGGAUGUUGUGCGGAAGGGACAUGCCACCGUAGCCAUCAAAAUCGCCAAAAUCGCUGAAAUUGAAGGACAGCGAGAAGAAUGCCAUUCGAUUAGUUAA